GUACAACACUGAACAAGGAGCUAUGGACCAGCAAUUCUGUUUACGCUGGAACAAUCAUCCUACAAAUCUGACCGGCGUGCUCACCUCACUGCUGCAGCGUGAGGCGCUCUGCGAUGUCACUCUCGCCUGUGAGGGUGAAACAGUCAAGGCACAUCAAACAAUACUGUCAGCCUGCAGUCCAUAUUUCGAGACGAUUUUCCUACAGAAUCAGCAUCCACAUCCCAUCAUCUAUUUGAAAGAUGUCAGAUACUCAGAGAUGCGCUCCCUGCUCGACUUCAUGUACAAGGGCGAGGUCAAUGUGGGUCAGAGUUCGCUGCCCAUGUUUCUUAAAACCGCCGAAAGUCUGCAGGUGCGCGGUCUCACAGACAACAACAAUCUGAACUAUCGUUCCGAUUGCGAUAAGAUGCGUGACUCGGCCGCCAGUUCGCCAACUGGACGCGGUCCCAGCAGCUAUGGAGGAGGUCUGGGCGCCGAUGUGCGCGAUUCCCGGGACUCUCUGCGCUCCCGCUGCGAACGCGACCUGCGCGACGAUUUGCAGCGCAGCAGCAGCAGCAGUCUCAGUUUGAGCGAACGCAGCUCUGCCGCCGCGGCCGCUGCUGCAGCGGCGGCUGCUGUCGCUGCCGCUGGCGGCAAUGUGAACGCCGCUGUCGCUGCGCUGGGUCUGACAACCAGCGCCGGCGAACGAUCUCCCAGCGUGGGCAGCGCCAGUGCUGCGGCGGCUGCAAUGGCUGCCGCUGUGGCGGCCGCUGCCAACAGGAGCGCCAGCGCCGAUGCGCUGAAUAGUCGCGGCGACGCGUGCAGCGACCGAGGCAGCGAUAGGGGCACGUUGGAGCGGGCUGAUAGUCGGGAUGAGUUGCUGCAGCUGGACUACAGCACUAAGGAUAAUAAUAAUAGUAACAGCAGCAACAACAACAAUAAUAAUAACAACAACAGCAGCAGUAGUAGCAACAAUAAUAAUAACAACAACAACAACAACAAUAGCAGCAACAACAACAACAAUAACAACCGAGAGCGCAACGAUAGCAGAGACAGAGAUCGGGAUAGAGAGCUCUCCACGACGCCGGUAGAUCAGCUGUGUAGUAGUAAGCGCAGACGUAAGAACUCAUCAUCCAACUGUGAUAAUUCGUUGUCCUCGAGCCAUCAUGCGAAUGCGGCCCACAUACAGGACACGCACUACGCGCAGGACUCUCAGGCCAGUGCACACAGCAAUUUCAAGUCGAGUCCUGUGCCAAAAACAGGCGGCAGCACAUCCGAGUCGGAGGAUGCUGGAGGCGGUAGACGAGACUCGCCGCUAUCAAUGACAGUUGGCCAUCUGGGCGGUGGCAAUGUGGGCGCGGCCAGUGCGCUAAGCGGUCUCAGCCAGUCGCUAAGUAUUAAGCAGGAGCUAAUGGAUGCACAGCAGCAGCAACAGCAACAUCGCGAACAUCAUGUGGCGCUGCCUCCCGAAUACUUGCCGAGCGCUGCUACACUGAAAAUGCAUGCGGAGGAUAUGUCAACGCUCCUCACACAACACGCGCUGCAGGCUGCGGAUGCGCGGGAGGAGCACAAUGACGCCAAACAGUUGCCACUCGAUCAGACGGACAACAUUGACGGCGCCUCUAUACGUCACCAUCUGUCGACACCGCUCUCAACCUCAUCGUCGGCCUCACCACCGCCGCCGCCCUUUGGCAUGCAACUGUCGACGAUCCUGAAGAACGAGUAUCAUCCUCUGCAUUAUAUACGUGCCACUGGCAACGGCCACGGUCAUGGCAACAGCGGAACAGGGGGCACGCCUCCCGCCUCCCUGCAUGGCUAUAAUCAGGCGCAAGCGAGCGCCUUGGGCGGCUCCAGUACACCGACAACCGGCAGCGGUCACAAUUCACAUCACACCAUGUCCUAUCACAAUAUGUUCACGCCGUCCCGCGAUCCUGGCACCAUGUGGCGUUGCCGCUCCUGCGGCAAGGAGGUAACCAACCGCUGGCAUCACUUUCACUCGCAUACCGCCCAGCGUUCCAUGUGCCCCUAUUGUCCGGCCACCUACAGUCGGAUCGACACAUUGCGUUCGCAUCUGCGGGUCAAACAUCCGGAUCGCCUGCUCAAGCUGAACUCCUCGAUAUAAGGACGAACAACAAUAUCCCAACAGCAACAAUUACCAACAAAGGAUAAACAUUUUAGGUUGAAAGUCAAUAGAUUGAAAAUGAUACAGCAAAAUAUAUAAAAAUAAAAACUGUCAAUAGUUUUAUUAAGCGUUUAGCUCGCAACAUUUUCCUACUAACGUGUAAGUUAUUUGCCUCGGAGUCCUAUGUACAUCCAUCGAUAUCGAUAUCUAAAUAGUUUAACAGAUCCUUAUUAUAAUUCUUUGCAUUUAGUCAACUCCAAAGUAGCUUGUACAUUUUCCGCUUUAUUCUUAUUGGCAGAAUGAAUGAAUAAUUAAACGCCUCAAGCAAUAACCCAAAAUAUAUAGAACCGAAGAUGCUAAAAACAAUAUACAAUAUAAUACAGCAGGCAUACAUACAUAUAUACAAGUACAUAUAUAUAUAUAUAUAUAUACAUAUAUACUUAGUACAUACCAUAUAAAUGGCUAGUUAUAACUUUUUUUCCUAACAAUGUAAACGAGUGAAAACGAUUUGAGCACACAAAUAUGAUAUGAAAUGAGAGCUAACCAAAAUGGUUUCGAUUGCUUCAAAUGGAACUCACAUUUAGUAAGAAUGUGUUCUCAAAUAGAGUAUGUAUGAAGCGAAAUUAGAAUUGAUGUAAAACCUUACUAAUGCUACUACUACAAAACAACUUUAAAGGUUUCUGCGUGUUGUUUCCUAAUCUAAUAAAUAAAUACACAUAUGCUUAUAAUUAAUGCUAAUAUAUGAUGAAUACUAUACACAUAAUUGUAAAGCGUUUAGUUAACUAAAUCUAAAUGUAAAACAGAACGCUGGUUUUAACGGCACGGACCAUUUAAGAACUGAUCCGGAAGUCAAAGUCACCGACACGUACUACUCAUAUAUAAUGUCACAUUAGUAUUUAGUUUCUAUACACAUAUACAUACACGUAUAUGUUUGUGUAUAUAUAAUUUGUUUAAUUUUACUAUACGUUAUUAUUAUAAUUUUUGCAAAGAGUAGUAACAAUUACUCAAAGAACUACGAAGAAAUUUUGAUAUACCUCAGAUGCAUUUCAGUUUUAUUGUUGAUGGAUUGCUUAAUUUUAAUGAAUUGUCUUUAUAUAAACAAUUACAAGUACAUAGAAAUUAUUUUAAUUAUUAAUUUAAAAGCAACAUGCACAUACAUACAUACACACAAAUGCACAGUAAAUGGCAAAUCAUUUUUAAUGUUUGUUUAUUUGUUUGUUUCUUAGAUUCUUAGUUUGCGUGUAAAUGUGUUUUAGUUUUCUUUGUAUGACUAAAGUUCUUGAUAAGUUGUAAGUUUUUAGACUAAAUGCGAACCACUUGAACCACCUCACAUUUUUGUUAAACAUUAUUAAUAAGCUUGCUUAUGUAUUUAUAGAAAUAAAAACAAACAAAAAAAAAUGUUUAAAUUUGUGUAAAACAUUAUCUAUAAUUAUAAACUUCAAACUAUUCAUAUCAAAAGUUGCUAAGUAAAGGAAAUGUUAAACCAAUAAAAUUAUUACUCUAAAACAAAUUUGAUAACAUAAUUAUGCACUUACCUUGUGUAAGUAAUUAAUUCUAUAAUUCGCUAAUAGGAACUCACCAGAUAAUUUGAGAACUUUAUUAUAAUUAAAUUUGCUUGAGUUAAGUAAUUAAUUUUAAACAUUUUGUGAUAAACAAAAUUAUGGUUGGCACUUAUUCAAUUUAAUAAUGGCAUAGUUAUUAAACAUUAAAGAAAACCCUUAACAAAAAGAAAGCAAACAAAAAAAAUCAAUGUGAUAUUUUCGGCACAAAACUUGAAAACAACAAAUAUAAUUAGGGAAAGGCAACAUCGAAAUAUUGUUACACAUACAUAUUAAAAUUAUAUUUGAUCAUUUUUGUUGCUUGCCUUUUAAUUAUCUUUGUUAAAUAAGUAAUUAUCAAAAUUGUUAUAUUUCGGUCCAAAGCACAAAAUGUAUAAAAUAAUUUCUUAGUUUAUAACUUACUGCUAUUACUUCUAUUUAGUUUCAUGCACUGUUUUAAGCCUAUGUAUGUGUAUACAAAAAUUAUAUACAACUUUAUGAUUAUAAUUUUAUUUAGUUUUAAAACUAUUCAGUUUAGAUACAUAUAAUAGAAGCAACAAAAUUGAAGCAACUUCUACAGCAACAGCACAAAAUUUUAAGGAAAAUUUAACCACAACACACAGAUUUAUGUACCAAAAAUGUAAUAAAUAUGAAAUUAUAUUAAAAACAAAACAAGUUACUAUAGUUAUACUAAAAAUUUACAAACACACACAGCCGAAGGAUUGGUCAUUAUUCGGACUCUUCUAUAUAUACAUUAAACUCACUGGACUCUGAAGUAUUUUUAUACAUAAAGCAUUACAUCUGCAGACAUUGAGUAACCACACAAAAGAUGUUUUAUAGAUGAAGUUAAUAACAAUUAUGUGGACAAAUAGUUUUUUUAUAAACUUGUAUCACGCAUAACACACAAUUGAUGUAAUUUGUUUUUCCCUCUGCACUUCUAUGAUUUGAUAAAAAACCAAAUAAGUAAUGAUUAUAAUAACGAUGCUCAAAUACUAACCUAUAUGGUAUGUAUGUAAUUGUCCCUUUUACUAUUAUAUAAAUCAUAACACAAAUGGAAAAUAUUAUAAUCGAAAUAAUUUUUUGGUCGUCUACAAAUAAAUAUAAAACAAUCCAUAUAUACACACAUACGAAUACAUAAUAUGCUUACGAAUAAUAUGCAUAUAAUACAAAUUUAUUCAAAUCCAAUCAAAAAUAUAAAUCACUAGCAGCAUUUUUAUGUCACACAAAAUAAAACCAAAUAAAAUUUAUGAUUAUUAU